AUGGCUACAAGACGUCCACAUGGCUCCUUGCUCCCCAACAGCGUCCUCGACACGGACCUGUGGAAACGUUUUUACAGCGACGAGGAGAUCACCGCUGACAUACCACCUCCAGUAAAAGCAUCUACCACCAUGGCUACCUCGGGGGCAGCAGACUCGAAAUCUUCUAUUAGUCUGUCCGUGGCGGACCAAGAACAAGCCAUUUCCUACAUAUUGGAUCAAUCCAUUGAGAGCAUUCUCCAUGAUAUCCUCCUCGACAUACACCAAGAGGAGAAGAUUGCUCGAAUGCAGACGGCAGUCAUUGAGCUUGAGCAACGACCGGACAAGCAAAAGAGUGCUCACGACGGGGACAAUGCGGAAGAUGAACCGGUCGAGUCGGAUGCUGCCAUCCUCGAAGAGUCCGGGCAAUACCAACUCAAAGGCAACCCCAUGAAGACCAUCAAGCAUAUCAGAUGUCCAAACUGUCGGCUGCGGCGCCUACUUUACCCACGCGUCGGCUUCAAUGCUCGGCCGGUGCCAGACCCGACAGAACAGUAUUGCAAGACCGAACCCAUGAUUAUCAUCGACAAGCAUGAUGUCCAUGGACAACGCAAGAAAGGGGUCAAGGUGAAGGGACAGGCCAAGGGCAAGAAUAGGAAGAAGAACGACCCAGCAUCCCCGACGUCGGAGAAUUCAGACCCAUUGACGCCCUCUUCGUCCAUGCUUAACGACUCAUUUGAAUUCAAAGAAAUCGACUAUCCUGCAGCCAAAUGUCCCAACCGGGAUUCUCACCUUGGUGAUCACUGGAAGUCUGUGAACGUAUUCGCCACGCACUUGAACGGAAGCUGCUAUCUUAAGAAAGACCGCGCUGCUGGUCGAGAAGCCAAUGCAAAGAUCGGCGGCACUCCCCGAGAUAGCCGAGCUAGCUCUCCCAAGGCAGGGACCAACGGCGUCAAGAGGAAGGCGGACGAUGAGACCUCUGGCGGUAACAAGAAGAAGCAGAAGCUUGGCGAGGUCAAACGGAACGACAAGAAGGGUGGUUCCGGGCCAAGCAGGCUGAAGGAGGUGAAUAACGCGAAUGAUCGGAGUGCAGCAAGUCCCCUGAAAGAGGUCAACGGUGACACAAUCUCGGUGACGCCGACAAAGGCCAUGAGGGAUGCCAGUUCCGAGCCGACGUUGAAGCUCAAAUUGAAGACAGGGGGCGAUGCCACUGCUCGCAAAAAGCCGACCAAGAUGGGAAAGAAGGCUUAG